CAUGCUGGGUAAUAUUCGGAGAGCGAAGGGGCCAAAGUAGGAUCCUCAUCAUAACCGGCUGACUCAACCUUAGCUAGUUGUCUCAGUCAGAACGAAACCACCUUGCUGUCUUGUUUUAAGUCUGAAAAGUGUCCACUUCAUCUGAACCAUGGGAAUGAAUGGUCAAGAUAUUAAGGAAAUGGAUCACACCUGGACAAGGAAAUGGAUCACACCUAGACAAGGAAAUGGAUCACACCUAGACAAGGAAAUGGAUCACACCUAGACAAGGAAAUGGAUCACACCUAGACAAGGAAAUGGAUCACACCUAGACAAGGAAAUGGAUCACACCUGGAGGCACAGAAUGCCUAGGCCUAUGCUCUAAGUCUAAUAUUUCAAAAGGAAGCAUUCUACAUAUCUUGACAGGCCUAUGUCAAUAUACAAAUACUACAUGCACACAACCCUUAGGUCAAUGCAAACACAAAUUGGGUACAAAGUUCAUUGGUUUAAGUAAUUAGGCCAGUAAGAUAAAGACAAAAAAUAUUUGUACUGAUAAAAUAAAUUGUAGCUCAUUUUCAGUUCUCAUUUGCUACUAUUUAGGUAGGUCAUAAGAAAUGAGUGCUCAACAUUGCCUUUUGGGCCUUUUCUACAUGACAACACCACUUUGCUAUUAUCACUUAAUUACUGUCAAUUUGAAAACAAUCUGUUCACUCUUAGCCUGGAGAGCUUUUGGUCAUUUAAUCUGGGUUAAGGCUGAAGCAACACACCGGGCAAAGAAAACAGCCUAGAUCCUAGACUCCACCAGAGACCACUUCUAGGUGUAACCUCAAGGCGUAGUGUGACUGCAUUAGGACCAUGGAGCCGGACGUGAUCCGCAUGUACUCCUCCUCCCCACCCCCAAUGGAGGACGGAGCUGAGGAAGAGGAUGACGAGUUUGGGGACUUUGGGGGCUUCUCUGGAGUUCCGACCAGCGCCAGCUUCACUGAGUUUGACACCCCAGCGACCUUCAACCAGACCCCAGCCUUGGCCGCCACCUCACCACCGGAACUCCUCAACAAUGGAGGGGUGGUUGGGUUGUCAAAACUCAGCUCAGGUCCCGUGGGAAGGGGUCCUGUGGUCAAGCGCUCCAACUCCAAGUCAAAUGGUGUCGUGCCGGGAGGCUGCCAGUACGACAGUCCUUCAGAGAGAACUGUGAAUGUGGAGGAGUUAAAAAAGCUUGCCGACCACACUCGAGCCAAUAAUCAUUCUACCUCCCUGGACAUAUCUGGGAGGAGUCAGACUGACAACAUAGACAAGCCUGUCGAUUGCAAUGGUGGGGUCCCGGAAGUUCUGACCAACGGCUUUGCUACUUUUGAAAUAGAGGGAAGCACAUCUUUGCAGAAUUCGAUCCGCUCUAAAAAGAAAGGAACCACCACAGAGUGUACAGAUGACUGCCCUCCCAGCAGCCCCGAGGACGACUUUGCGGAUUUCUCUGCUUUUUCUAACGCAGACGUUCAAGGACACUCCAGCAAGGUGACAAACCGCACCAGCGAGAACUUGGACAAUCCCAACCGGGACGAACGGCUGGCAGAGGACGCCUGCCAGCAACGAAGGCAGCAGGUGCACUCGAAUGUAGAACAGGGAAUCAGCUCAGGGGACAUCGCCAACGACAUCGCUGGCUCUGAUUCUCUAUCGCACCCUGCUGAGGCUCAAGACACUGACGAAGGCUUGAGCAACGGGGACGGGGGCUUUCAAAGAGACACUGCUAACUCUGAACAAAGGAACGUAGAGCCGGACUUCGUACACAAGCACUCUGCUACUGAGGUGGUUAUUAGUGAGGAUUCUGCCCCAGAGGAGGUUUGUAGUGAGGAUUCUACCCAAGAGGUGGUUUGUAGUGAGGAUUCUACCCAAGAGGUGGUUUGUAGUGAGGAUUCUACCCAAGAGGUGGUUUGUAGUGAGGAUUCUACCCAAGAGGUGGUUUGUAGUGAGGAUUCUACCCAAGAGGUGGUUUGUAGUGAGGAUUCUACCCAAGAGGUGGUUUGUAGUGAGGAUUCUACCCCAGAGGAGGUUUGUAGUGAGGAUUCUACCCAAGAGGUGGUUUGUAGUGAGGAUUCUACCCAAGAGGUGGUUUGUAGUGAGGAUUCUACCCAAGAGGUGGUUUGUAGUGAGGAUUCUACCCAAGAGGUGGUUUGUAGUGAGGAUUCUACCCAAGAGGUGGUUUGUAGUGAGGAUUCUACCCAAGAGGUGGUUUGUGGCGAGGACUCUGCCUCUAAGGCACUUUAUGUUGACAAACCGGUCGCCCAGAAUGGUGGGGUUUUGGAGCAGUUGGAAGAGGAGGUGGAAGAAGAGAAGGCAGGUGUCAGUGAAAACAGGGUUUUGCCCAAUAUAGACGAUGAAGAUGGGAAUGGCGAGCAAGCGGACGAGAAGCCGGGGUCCGGAAACGAAACAGAAACUGAAACGUCUUUCGGCCGACCUCUGUCCACGGAUGCCCUUGAGGAGUACGGCGACAUCAGCACAAUGGGCUCAGUGUCCUCACCGCCGCUCCAAGAGGAGACGGCCACGCCUGCUGACCACAGCCAACUGCUGGAGGACGACGACGGUGAAGACUUUGGUGACUUUGGGGACGUGGGCUCUUUUAGAGGACAGGGCUUUGCUGACUUUGACCAGCCAGAGUUGCAACUAGAGGAACAACCUGCACCUCUCACACAGGAACUAGUGGACGACGACAAAGACUUUGGCGAUUUUGAUGCCCCCAACAGCCACAUUGGUGGUGGGAAGGCAAUUGAGAACGAAGAUGGGGGGAAGUUUGCAGAUUUUCCCGGCAGCGACAGUUUUGCCGACUUUAGCUCAGCUCCUGUUGGUGCGGACCCUGAUGCAGAUGCUGGUUGGAAUGCCUUUGAUGAGCCUGAACAGGGUCAAGAGGAGGGCGAUUCCUGGGCUGCAUUUGGAGAGGAGCCGACCACCACUGCUCCUUUGGAAACGGGUGAAGACGAGUGGCAGGAGAGUGAGCCUGUAGCAGCCCGUCCAUACAGCAGCCAUCAGAUCAUUAGAAGAGACAGUCAAUCUGCGGCGCUGUGCAGUCGGCUGGAGAAGCUUUUUCAGGAAAUGUUCCCCGACGCACCUGCCCCGCAGGUGGGGGUGGAGGUGGUCCCCCUCAAAACCCUGCUGGAGCCUCGUGUGAGGUUACAGCAGGAAGAGCAUGAGCUGAAGAGCGGUGUGCCAGACAAUGGGGCUGUGGCGGACGUGUUGUGGAGGCAACUGCUGGACAUCCACGAGGCGUUUGGCCUGCGGCACCAGUGGGGAGGCUCGCACAGCAACAAGACACUACUCUGCUCCCUGGGCAUCGACAUUAGAAACAUUCUGUUCACAGGUCAGAAGAAGCAGCCAGUGAUAGUUCCCAUGUAUGCUGCCAGCCUGGGCAUGCUGGAACCCACCAAAGAGCCAGUAAAACCCAUAUCAGCGGCAGAGAUGAUCACGUCCAUAGCACAACAAGCACCUCCAGUGGCCCCAGCGGAGAUCAUAAGCACUAGUCCACCAGACACAGCCCAGGAAGUGCUCCCGCCCGUCCAGUUUGACUGGAGCAGCAGUGGCCUUACUAACCCCCUGGACGCGAGCGGAGGCUCGUCUCUGCUCAACCUCGAUUUCUUUGGGCCCGUGGAGGACUCUGGCCCAAGCAGCUCCACCUCCAUCCCAGGUGUGGACCCGGAGCUGUACGAGCUAACAACCGCUAAACUGGAACCCAGUGGCUCUGGGAGCCGUGUGGCUGACGCCUUCGCCCGCCUUAUGUCUACUAUGGAGAAGACCAGCACCUCUACCAGAAAGCCCCGAAAAGAAGAGAACCUAAGUGAGGAGGCAUUGAAGGUGAUUGCAGGGCUACCAGACCUGUCCUUCAUGCAGGCCAAGGUGCUGAUGUUCCCCACCACGUUGACCCCCCUGGGAUGCUCCUCUGACCCCACACCUGACUGAUCCCCCUCCCACCCCGUAUCGCUGUCUGUCAUCUGUCUUCCAUGCCAUCAUCGUUAUGUUAUUUUCUCCUUUUAUUUGUUAUUUUCAGUUUUAAUCAAGUGAAGCAUUUACCGAUUGUCCUUGUGAAUGGUUAGUCAGACCUGGACUAGGCUAAGCCUGUAAAGCGAAGCUUCGUCAAUAGCAGAACAAGAGAACAUAUUAAAACAGUUGGUUUAACUUCUAGAUCAAGGUCCUAGAGAGAGGCCGUUUGUUGAUAAUAGGAGAAUCAAUGUGUACAUAAUCAGGGACAAAUUGCGUUUUCCGAAGGUGGCUUUUACGUGUGUCAAUAUUUGUCUUUGUGAGGAAAUGAAACACUGGUUGAACCUCUUCAAAGGGAGGCUCGAAUAAAGUGAAGUGGGAUAUACACUGAGUGUACAAACCAUUAGGAACACCUUCCUAAUAUUGAGUUGCACUUCCUUUUGCCCUCAGAACAGCCUCAAUUCGUUGGGGUAUGGACUCUACAGGGUGUCAAGCGUUCCACAGGGAGGGAUGCUGGCCCAUGUUGACUCCAAUGCAUCCCACAGUUGUCAAGUUGGCUGGCACACACAUACACAAUCCAUGUCUCAAUUGUAUCCAGGCUAAAAAUCCUUCUUUAACAUGUCUCCUCCCCUUCGUCUACGUGGAUUUAACAAGUGACCAUAGACCGACCAGAUGAAAGCUGUCAUGGAAAGAGCAGGUAGUCCUAAUGUUUUGUUCACUCAGCGUAUGACUAUAUACUUAAACAAAUAUAUAUGACUUGAAACCACACUGCCUGCAAAAUCCAGCUGAAUGUUUUUUUCGCCUGUUGUGUUAAUGGCCUUAGUUUUAUUUUGUCAUUUUACAUAGGGCCUAGAUUUGAUUUCUUAACCCAUGGCUAAAAAUGUGCUGUUAAUGUCCGCGAUUUAACUGUAGCCCGUUUUUAUUAUGUCUCACACUGGUGCAGUCCAUCAACAGCCAUGGAAAUGGCGGUAUGUCACAAUUGUUUUGUGUUGAAUUAAAUUCUUUUAACUUUUUUUCCUGAUUUGGGGGUGGGUGGUAAGAGGGGGAAUCAUGUUUUAUUGGUUUAAACCACUGACAGAUUGAAAUUGACUAUCAGUAUCAUAGCUGGCUGGUCUGAGUGAAGGUCGGCCUACAUUACAAGGGAAUAAGGGACCAAUUUUUGCUGUCAUUCUCUACCAAUUAUUUUAUUUUGUGAUUUGUUUUACCACUGUCAACCUGUUCCCAGGAGGAUUUUGCACAUUGUAAAGAUGAAAUGGAUGUAAUCAUAGUUCACUGUGGCUUUAGACUGUGUACUAUGGACUGUAAAAUGUAUGGGGAAAAUUCCUAUGGAAAAAAUGAAUAACCUGUAAAAAGGUUAACAUGCAUGCCCGGGUUCUUUUCAGACUUAAGUGUGUAAAUUUACUUUUAGUGUACACAAGAAAUUAAAAUAAUUUAAGAGAAA